AUGUCUGUGCUCAUCUCUUCCAAAUCAUUCGAUCCCAAAGCCUUUCUAUCUGCUGUACACCCAAAUGCAACCUACCAAGAUCUCGCAGCAGGCAUUAACCAUCUUCAGUCAUCUAUCGAUGCCCGUUCAGAGGCCGUCCGUGUCCUUGUAGAGGAUAACUUUGAUCGGUUCGUUGCCGUCAAGGCUUCUACUGAUGCGUUAUAUGCGGAGAUGCGCGAGGGAUUACUGAGCGACACGGCGGAGUUUGCUAGCAGACCGCUCGUAGACUGCUUAAAACGCUCAGCCGUGAAGGCUAAUCAGGUCUUCCUCCCUGUCCUCGAGAACAGCGCCAAAGCUCAAAAGCUGCGCACUACGCUCGGCGUCUUUGAGCGCUCCAAGUUCUUCUUCAGCCUGCCUGGAUUUCUCGUGGAAUCCAUCGAGGCUGGAAGGUAUGAGGCUGCAAUGCGUCAGUACAACAAGGGCAAGUUUCUACUCGAUUCUCGCCCGGGCCAGCUCCUUCCCGUCGAGGCAGGUGCUAAUGCCAGCUCCACGGCGCGACAGAAGAGGAUAUUGGACAAGGUGUGGGCAAACGUUGAAAAGGUGAUGGGAGAAAUGAAGGCGCUACUUUUGUCACGAUUGCAAGAACCAGGAAGGAGCGUCGAGGAAAUGGAGAGAGGGAUUGAGAUUCUCCUGGAAUUAAAUACGCCUGAAGACCCAAUAUGGACCUACUUUGAUAGUCAGCAUAAGUACAUCAUGGAUCGGAUGAGCGCUGCCUACAGGACUGGUGUUUCAAACAUUGAUGGCAUAAAGUCUCGCACGACCCCUGAUCUGUCGCCUCCGCAUGCACUCAGACAGAUCCUUGGUGCGCAACUCCAGGUAUGUAUUGUAGCGCUGGAGAGCAAAGCGUCUGAGGCCGUGAUUGCACAAGCAGGCGGUCAUGAAGUCUGGCAGGGUAUCUGGGACAUGAUGAAAAACGUGUCUGAGGUUAUGAUCUCUUCGCUUCCAAACUUCUGGAAAAUUGCAAAGAGCUUCUUGGAGGGAAAGUUUAAACGAACAUCGUCCUCGAGGCGCAGUGCCUCCCAAUGCAGGCAAAUGGCACUCGACAUCAUCAAGCUCUACAUCAGUCUCCUCUCGGAAUUCUUUAUUCUUUCAGACAUCCUAUCGAAGUCCUCGACCCCCAACUCUCCCCUACAUCUACCAUCUCACUCGAAUUCGCUAACGACGGCUCACUGGCUGACCAAGAUCCUUAGUGAGGUACAAGAUUGCGUGACAGAGAUCGGCGCGUUGGAACUCGGCGAAGGCGGUCUGGUGAAAGGACUGGUGGAGAGCGUGCGGUGGCGUUUUGAGGAUGUGCUAGUGAAAUCUUGGGUGCGAGACGCCAACCACAUGUACGCACUCGAAUCAUUCACGCCUGAUCUUUCCACCCCUUCCACAACACUCUACCUCACUUAUCUCGAAUCAUUCAUGCGCCACCUCGCGACGUCGGCAUUCAAAAUCGCGGGCGGUCUUUCGGGGGACAGCGGAUCAGGCGUACUACGGGUUACGCAGCAGAAUGUUGUACCACCAGUAUUCACAACGAAGAUCACGAAGGCAUUUUUAGACGCAAUAUAUGCAAUUCUGGAUGGGAUGGUGGUACUUGUCGCGGAGGAAGUGCCACCAGGUGUAGGCAGCGGAGCACCUGAACGAGAAGGAAAGCAGGAGUUGAUCGACCUGCGCGACUCGAAUGCGAGGCUUCUCCUUGUGAUAUCGAAUUUCUCAAAUUUAACAGCAUCGUUGAUACCCGGUAUGUUGUCUCAGUUGGAGAAUGCGCUCGGAGUAUCAGUUGAGGAUGAUAGAAGGGCACUAAUGAAAGCAGUGACUGCGCUGGACAAAACACUCUUCGAUGGAUAUGUCAAGCCCAAGGCUGCUGUCAUCGCAACCAUCUUGCGAGACGGCAUUCUUGACAAAAACAUGGAUUGGUACGAGACGCCCCAACCCACAGAAAUACGAACAUAUAUGUACAAGGCUUUAAUGGGCCUCGUCGAGAUCCACGCACAAAUUAGCCGCGUCGCAGAGAAUCUACUCGAACGCGGGAUGCAUGCGCUUGUAGAAAACGCCGCUGAAGAAGCACUACUCUCGUUCAAACAAGUCAAGCGGUUCGGUAUGGGCGGUAUGCUUCGCGCUACGCUAGAGAUCGAGUUCAUGCACCAAACGCUUGCGCGCUACGUGUCUCCACCAGCUGCGAAGACGCUUUCGGAGUUGUACAAUAAGAUCUCUCAGGCGUAUGCGCGACGGGCGGGAGAUGAGAAUUUGCAAGGGAAUCUAGAUAGUGUGAAGAGAACGCUGGCGGAGAGUCGGCGUGCGACUGGGAUUGAGUUCAUGUGUUUUAGGGUGCCCAAGGAGAGGAGUGGGAAGGGGAAGAAGGAGAGAGACGAGGGUAGGGAACGGGGGAAGGAGAGACGGAAGGAUCGGGAGGGUAGAAGUGAUAGGAGUACAGCUUCAUGAAUGUAAUUGCUCUGAUUCAGGUUCGAAAUCAGGCAUCAACAACCCCACUAAGUCCCCGAGUUCUGAGGCACUUGAAGAUGGAUAGUUUUGUGCCAGUGCGACAAGCUUACUAAUACCGUACUUAGGGACCAGUCAGAACUUAGAGCGGACAUGUUCGGGCGAACAAAGAACAUGUUUGCAGGACUAUGGAUAACGACGUGCAGGUAAUGAUACAACGAAUGAUAGGUAUGCGACAUCAACAUCCA